UAUCCCUCGUGUGACACUCUCAGUGAAAAACCUAACCUCUCUCACACACACACACACACACACACACACCACAUGCUGCAUGACCGUUCGCUCAGGAUGGCGACACAGAUAAAAUGCCAUACAUCCUCAGAUGUUGCUUUCUUAGUCUGUGUUUUUGCUGUAUUUUUUCAAGCUGUGAUUUGUCAAGAAAUCAUCCGAGGAGAUGGUGAUCCAGUCUCUCCAACCGAAAAGGCGCACGGCAAAGGAGAUCCUCAGAUCCAGAUUGUUGUUUUCCCCUCCAUAUCACCUGAUUUAGAGACGUCAGAGACACCAGGAGCAGACAGUGGGACCACUCAACCUAACACACAGACCCCAGAUCAGACCCACUCAAACCCACCUCAAAAAAACAGCCUUACUUCAAAGGGAAAAGUGGUCUGUGUGGAUAAAAUACAAGAGCACUACAGAUAUGAUGUGCUGCUGAAACUAAAGGCCUCCUCCACGUGUGAAGAGACUAGAGCCAGGAUACAGAGUGUUCUAGAACAUCUCUGUGGUGAAGAUUGUGAACUUAAAAUCUAUCAGAAAGACAACACCGAUGAGGUCAUAAUUUAUGGAGACAGCAUUGAUGUUGAUCCUGAAGAAAUGGCUGGGAAGAUCAACAAUGACAACAUUACAGAUAAGGUGGACGUCGAUGAGGCGGUGUCUCGCGUGGGCCAGCGCUCGAAAAUUGUCCUGAUCUCUCUUCUGAUUACGGGUUUGCUUCUUGCUGCUUUGCUAAUAGCUGGAUACCUUCUAAAGACUCAUCGAGGACAAUCCAAAGGGCUAAGACUGGCUGAGGACUCCUUCCAAGUGGAUCAAGACAACCAAGGCAACACACUUCUGUCUGUGGCUCCUCUGCCUCAACAGGAGCCUUUGGACAAGCCCAUCAUUAACGGAGAGUCUCCGGACUCACCCCCCACCAAUGGACACUCCGCCACCCAGACACAGGUGGCCGAUACUCCGAUGUAAGCGGCUCGGAGUCAACAUCAAUUCAAUGACCAACUAGAGUGAACAGACCUCAUGGGUUAUCGUACACAACAACAUUAGGAGUGAUGAAAACUACAACUGAGAUGAUGCCGAGGGACACAAUGCUGAAAGUAUGAAAA